UCUCAGGGACGGAGCCAUGGACGGCAUUUCCCACCUUUGUCUCUUGACUACGUCUUCUAGGAGUCAUAGGACCGUGCUGUGAUUGGGUGCAGGUGAUGUCACGUCCUGCUCACCCUGUGGGCAGGGGAGAUUGCUGCUCCACUGGAGACAGGCAGGGCUUCUGUCCUGUGAAGUAGGCGACAGCUCAGGUGGGCUGUUUUGGCCCUGUGGCAUCACUGCUGUCGUGGCAAGAGCAAAGAAUAGUUGAAGGGAUGGGGUGUGCUUCAGGAGAGCUAGAAGAUACAUACUUUUGGCAAAGAAAAAGGAAGUGACUUAGAGGCCUUAUGAAUACAACUGUGCAUUCUUGCUUCAGACUUUAAAACCGAGGGCCAACCCGGCCUGGAAGCACUUCUUAUUAAUGUUACACGGAAACCGCUACCUCAGCAAACAAAAGGAAAGGAGGAGACGACUCUUAACAGCAAAUGCCAUUUUUAAAGAAAACUUGCUUUCAGAAAACAUUACAGGAAUUUUGGAAAUUUUUAGUGUUGAGGAGAAGCUUUCUAGGUAAAUGGACUUGACAGGCAGGCUCUGUCAAACUUCAGAGGUCCACUUUCCUUAGGACUUCAUGUGCAGUGACUCUGCACUGCUUUUUAAAUUGCUGUUGAUCAGCUGUGGGUUUUUGGGUUCUAACUUUUUUGGUAUAUUGAAGAUGCAUUAUAUUACAUUUUAAAAAGUUAAGUUAUUUUUCUGCCAUUGUAAAUACAAGUAUCAAAAUAUUCUUGCAAAGCAAUUCUAAGUAUACAUUUUUCUCAGCAAGCAUAUCUUUUUAUUGAGAGAGUAGAAUGCUAAACAGUUGUUAUACAGCAUUUUGGACACACUUUGGUUUUUUGUCAGUCGUCCUUGCUACACUGAAAAAUUAAUUAUAUUAACCUGUUGUCUUUCUCAUUCCUAUGUUGAAUCACACGCUCACCGGCCUCAUGGAAAUGCCUUUUCUAGAACUUAGAUUCGCAGAACUCCACUAUUUUUAUACCUACCUACAAUUUUGACGAAAAGCAAACAAACAAACAAAAAACCAAAAGCAAGACUUCGACCCUGACCUGCUCACGGUCGCCACUGCAGACCCCCACCGCAUGUACUGCUGCAGUGCCCAGGACAGUAAGAUGGACUACAAGCGGCGCUUCCUGCUUGGCGGGUCCAAGCAGAAGGUGCAGCAGCACCAGCAGUAUGCCAUGCCAGAGCUGGGCCGAGCCCUGAGUGCGCCCCUGGCAUCUCCGGCCACCUCUGCCCCCCUGGGCAGUCUGACUGCUGCAGGCAGCUGCCACCAUGCAGUGGCCCACUCUGCUCCUGUCGCCGACAUCCAGCAGGGCAUCUCCAAGUACCUGGAUGCUCUCAAUGUGUUCUGCCGCGCCAGCACCUUCCUCACUGACCUCUUCAGCGCUGUGUUCAGGAACUCUCACUACUCAAAGGCCGCCGUGCAGCUCAGGGACGUGCAGGAGCACGUCAUGGAGGCAGCCAGUCGGCUGACCUCCGCCAUAAAGCCCGAGAUCGCCAAGAUGCUGAUGGAGCUUAGUGCUGGGGCAGCAAACUUUACAGAUCAGAAGGAAUUCAGUCUCCAGGACAUUGAGGUGUUGGGGCGAUGUUUCUUGACAGUGGUGCAAGUUCAUUUCCAGUUUUUGACUCACGCAUUGCAGAAGGUCCAGCCAGUGGCGCACUCUUGUUUUGCUGAGGUGGUCAUGCCAGAGAAAAAGAACAGCAGUGGUGGCAGCUUAUCUGGCAUGGGCCACACGCCUGAACUGGAGGAAGCUGUGCGGUCCUGGAGGGGGGCUGCUGAGGCGACAUCUAGACUAAGAGAAAGAGACUGUGAUGGCCGCCUGGCGGGAAUUGAGGUUCAACAGCUCUUUUGUUCUCAAAGUGCAGCAAUUCCUGAGCACCAGCUAAAAGAACUGAACAUAAAAAUUGACAGCGCUUUGCAAGCAUAUAAGAUAGCUCUGGAGAGUUUGGGCCACUGUGAAUACGCAAUGAAGGCUGGCUUCCACCUCAAUCCAAAGGCAAUUGAAGCAAGUUUGCAGGGCUGCUGCAGCGAGGCAGAAGCCCAGCAGACCGGGCAGAGACAGACACCUCCGCAGCCCAUGCAGUGUGAGCUUCCCACCGUCCCUGUGCAGAUCGGAUCGCACUUCCUGAAAGGCGUCUCCUUUAAUGAGUCGGCGGCCGACAAUCUGAAACUUAAAACGCACACAAUGUUACAGCUGAUCAAGGAAGCAGGCUGCUAUAAUGGGAUCACAGCCAGGGAUGAUUUUCCUGUGACUGAAGUGCUGAAUCAGGUGUGUCCAUCCACAUGGCGGGGUGCCUGCAAGACUGCUGUGCAGCUGCUGUUCGGCCAAGCUGGACUGGUGGUAGUUGACACAGCACAGAUUGAAAAUAAAGAAGCCUACGCCCCCCAAAUCAGUUUAGAAGGCUCCAGAAUCGUGGUUCAAGUCCCGUCCACAUGGUGCCUAAAAGAAGACCCUGCUACCAUGUCCCUGCUACAGAGAAGCCUUGAUCCUGAAAAGACCCUGGGCCUGGUAGAUGUGCUCUACACAGCUGUGCUGGACCUAAACCGUUGGAGGGCAGGGAGGGAACAAGCUUUACCUUGCAUACAGAUUCAGCUUCAAAGGGAGAUCUGUGACUUUGGGAAUCAGGCUGACCUGCCUUCUGGAAAUGGAAACAAAUCUUCAAGUGGCUUGCAGAAGACAUUCUCCAAACUGACAUCCCGGUUCACCAAGAAAGCUUCAUGUUCUAGCUCGAGCAGCAACACAAACUAUUCCAUCCCAAGUACCCCUUCCAAAAAUGUCUUCAUAGCUGGGUGUUCAGAAGAGAAGGCCAAAAUGCCUGGGAAUAUUGACACACGGUUACAAAGCAUUUUGAACAUUGGUAGCUUCCCUAGGACUACAGACCCUUCACAGUCUGCUCAGAAUCCCAGCAAUCCAGUGGCCAAUGGUUUUCUCCUGGAGAGGCGGGAGAACUUCCUGCACGAGGAUGAUGGCAAGGAUGAGAAGGGUAUGAACUUACCGACCGAUCAGGAAAUGCAGGAGGUGAUAGAUUUUCUCUCAGGCUUUAACAUGGGCCAGUCACAUCAGGGCUCUCCGUUGGUGACAAGGCGUAAUUCUGCUGCCACAGCCAUGGUGACUGAGCAGAAGGCAGGGGCCAUGCAGCCACAGCAGCCAUCACUGCCAUUGCCCCCUUCACCACGGCCACCCCAGACUGGGGCACAUACACCUCUGACACCCCAGCUGAGUCUGGCACCUCAGCAGCAGUCCCCAAAGCAACAACCACCCCAGGUCCAAUACUACCAACACCUGCUCCAACCCACUGGAAUGCAGCACCCACCCCAGCCUCGGGCGCCUGGGAAGUGGGCACAUGGUUCAUCCCAGCCGCCAGCACAGCCCGUGGGGGCAGGUCUGGCUCCGCUUGGCCAGUGGCCUGGCAUGCCUGAUCUCAGUUCUGACUUGUACAGUUUGGGUCUAGUGAGCAGCUAUAUGGAUAAUGUGAUGUCCGAGGUUCUGGGACAGAAGCCACAGGGACCUAGAAAUAACACCUGGCCAAACCGGGACCAAAGCGAUGGAGCGUUUGGAAUGCUGGGAGACGGCCUGCCUUUUGACCCUGCAGUGGGCUCAGACCCAGAGUUUGCACGCUACGUCGCGGGAGUGAGCCACGCGAUGCAGCAGAAGCGGCAAGCCCAGCAUGGCCGCCGUCCAGGCAACCUCCGGGGCAAUUGGCCACCCAUGGACGAUGCCCAUAGGACCUGGCCUUUUCCAGAGUUCUUCACAGAAGGGGAUGGCCUGCACAGCGGCUGGUCAGCUGUUCAGGGAGACUCAGCCAGCUCCAGUGAUGAGACGUCUUCAGCCAAUGGGGACAGCUUGUUCUCCAUGUUUUCAGGGCCUGACCUCGUUGCUGCUGUUAAGCAGAGAAGGAAGCACAGCAGUGGAGAGCAGGAGACCAGCACGCUGCUCUCACCACCUCUCCUUACUGCAGCAGAGGACGUGAACCAGGAUCACAAAACCAAAACAUGGCCACCCAAAGCACCCUGGCAGCACCCUUCGCCACUGCCCAGCCCAGGCGCUCCACUCUAUGCAGUUGCCAGCCCUGGCAGCCAGUGGAAUGACACCAUGCAGAUGCUGCAGUCCCCUGUGUGGGCUGCGACCAGUGACUGCAGUGCUGCCUCCUUCUCCUAUGUGCAGAGCCCGCCACAGCCCCCACCCCCACCAGCACACAAGGCGGCACCCAAGGGCUUCAAGGCCUUCCCGGGGAAGGCUGAGCGCAGGCCAGCCUACUUGCCCCAGUACUGACCAGGGCUGGCCGGCCUGCCUUCCUGCCUGGAGCUCUUCAGGCAAUGUGUCCCUGCCCUACGGCUAACUAGUUGACACCACCCCCAAGAGGACCAGUGCACUCGUCCUAGAGAGGGGAAUGUUCCUUGGGGCAGGGGUGGUGGCAGCUCCAAGCCUUCAAAGCCUGGUUUGUCCAACUCUGAAGGCAGUAGACCCCUGGAGAGCCAGCUGAAGGUGGAGAUUUCCGAUGCUCAGGGGGACACUGGAUAAUCUGCAUGCUUGACAAGCCCCUCAGGUGAUUCUGAUGCAGGUGGCUAGAGGGCCACAUUUGGAAACACAAUUUCUAAGGUCACAAAUCCUACUGUGCGUUGGGAAUGCGUGAGGCCUGCAGGCUGGGAACACACCGACAUUCUUCUGAAGCCUCUCCUGUCUCCCUAACACACCAAUCACUAAUUUCAUAGCUACUUUUCGUGUAGGUUUUCAGUUCAAACAUCUCCUAUCUAAAAUGCCAUUGAAUAUUUUAGGAUAACAGACAUGCUGGCUGGAGGUUUGUUCAACACUAUCUUUAAGCUUAAACUGAGUGGGCAAAGUAUAGACUAUUUGUGAUCUGAAGCAGUCACCUGGGUUCCCUGUGCUGCAGGAGCAUCCAGAGUGCAGUUUCGGCAGGCUGACAAGGGCAGGAUUGUAAAACGGUGCAUGGAGAUGAGCUGCACUGCUGCCCUGAGCCCCUUCUACCAUGGCCAGAGGCACCAGUUCAGUCCUCAGUGGGGACACAGCGCCCUGCACUCAGAGCCACAGUGACAGUGGGGCUGGCUCAGGAGACAAGCUAAGUGCGAUGUAGAUAGGAAUUAAAGUCUUUGCUUUAAAAACACCUCAUUUUCAGUUAACAUGUGCCAUUAAAUAACAGCAUCCUGUGGAUAGGGAGAAUGUCCAGAAUGGAUCCAGAAUUGAAUGGUGCUUAAAUUGAGAAAUAAGAAAUAUCUAUAGAAUAGACCUAUCCCACUGUAUAUUAAUUGCAGUUGCAGAAAGUUCUUUAUAUAAAACUUAUUUAAAUCUUUCAUAUUUCAUCUUUGAAAAAGUCUAAUUGAGAAAAAUCCAUGAUAUUUUCUGGUAUGAAAGUUUGACAGUAUUAAUAUUUUUUUUAUAUUUUCUUAAAUCAUUAAACCAUUUUAAUAUAUAUGUUAACUACUAAUAAAUGGUUUAUUCUUUCUAACUCCAUACAAGCUUUUCCAACAAAGAUUGUAAUAACACAUUUAUGUUCUCAUUUUUCUACAAAUAUAAGUAAAUUUAUAUUUAAAAAUACCAGAACGAUAAAUAUAUAUAUAUACACAGAUAUAUAUAUAUGUACACACACAUACACACGUCAUAGAGGACCCUUGGGGUGUCUGGGUUUUUAGUACUGUGUCGUCAGGCUGUUUCGGGCCUUGGGUGUUGUCUCUUGUGCUGUGUGAGGUGCCGUUGCUGCCUGUACUUAACGAUCCCUUCACCGUGGGUUCCAAACAUUCACCUCACCAUGUUUACAGAGAACUAUUUUGUACAUAGGGUUUUCAGGUACAUGCUUUGUACCAAUCCUGCGUGGCGCUCGUCUGUGUUAGCCGUCAGUUUGCACACUAACCUGUUAACGUUCUUUGUGGCUGUUUUCCUUGUAAGAUAGUUUCCUGUCUCCUCAGCAAUGUGUCCACACUGUGCUGUAUUUCAAGUUCCAUUAUACUGAAGUACUCUUGUUUUAAUAGUGCCUCCUCAAAGACCUCACCCUGGACAGAGGUCAGUCCUCGAUGCCCCAGCACAGGUGACACUGACAAUUGUCACUUUCCAGUUUGCUCUUCUCUAUUAAGGAAGACACUUUGUAAUCGCAUCUCCAUGGCUGUGUGUGUGAAGCUGUCCGUGUAGUCUCCAUUGUAGGUGCUGUGUUCCCAGCACCACCGUGCCCUGAACACUGGUAAUUCCAGGUGCUGCGCUCGGCAGAGAGGUCUCGCCAAAGCGCAUGUGUGUGCGUGAGUGUGCAGCUGUCCUUUGCAUGGCCGGGCCUGGCUGCCUUGCUCGGGCAUCAGUAGGACAUUGUGUGAAUAGUUACAAUGCUUCCAAACUGGAACUCUACAUUUUGUAUCUUACUUUUAAAGCUCCUAUAAGUAAAAUAACUAUUGGCUUUAUUAAAAAAUAAACAUUUAAUAAUACUCUGUGUCUUUAUUUUAAAUGAAUUGCAGCAGACAUAGCUGUCAGAAGUGCUGCCUGACUCACCACUUUGAAAAGCUGCGCAUGAGUUGGUUUUUAGGUCAGUCAGCCUGUCCUGAUUCUAAGACCUGUGAAAGGGUUGACGUCUCAGGGUACUGGGAUGCACUGGAGUGGAUGGACAGGAAGGGCAACCAAUCACAGCCUCCCAUUGGCUUCCCUGAGCCAGAGCUGCCUUAGGUGCUUAUCUCCUGGAAGAAUGCAGGUGUGCUUUCUGGGUUUUGUUCUGCCAACACUCACUUCCCACCAAGUACGGGUACUGUGACCUACAGUACUCAGGGACGAGAACCCACGAGGAACCCAGUCUGUGCCCCGAGAUGGUGCCUCACAGAGAUAGAAAAGACCUGUCUCACCAGAUGCUGUCAUUGUCAGCCUACUAAGCAGAGGGAGACUGAGAACCACUGAUGGACAGUGGGUUACAGGAGAAUUCCAACUUCCCUGAAAUGUUCUCAUGUAGUGGGGGACGGAGGAAUGUGAGCAGUACAGUUGCUGAGUUGUAAGCGACACUCAGGCUCUCUACUGAGAUGGGUGGGGAUGGAAGCAGAACCUGUCAUGCCUGCACUCCUGGAGGGCUCCUGGAGGCCACAGCCUGUCAGAAGUGGAGGGGAGUGCACAAGCAGGCCACCUGGGAAGCUUCUGCUUCAUGCCAGCCAUGGGGGUGGGAGGGGUUGGCCCACCACUUUGUCCUGUGUGGCCACUGCUGUGACCUGCCUCCUGAUCUGGAGACAAAGGAGAAAUGAACCCUUUUUAGUGAUCAGAUCUGUGAUGCCAGAGAGCCAUGUCCGUGGACAGUAUGACUGGCUGCCUCCCCACCAUAUCUACCCAGGAGUGCCAGGAACCUCCCGGAGCAGAGUCCUGCAAAGUAAUGCAUAUAGCUCUGGCCUUUACAGUUCCACAGAACAGGAUGACUGGGCCGCAACCUCUACUGGUCUGUAAGGGUCAUGGCUUGUGCUGGGAUUGUUUCAGGAGUGUACAAGUCACUUCCCAGGAGCCAGCCCUUGCAAAAGAGAUGCAGUCUCUGACCAUUUUCCCAUCCUUGAAAGAGUUCCAUCACCGAUCUACUAAGUUACACUGAAAUCCCAGAAAACAUUCUUGAUCCUUUACUUUCAUUCUUAUAAAAUGCACCUCCAGGCACCCUUACUGCCAUUACGCAGGUCCUCACGGGGCUCCGACCCGUCCCUUGCAGCCUAAGAGGUUCCCAUGCACACCCCUAACCCUCCAACCUGCCGGCCUGUGGCUUUCAGCCUUCAUUAGUUCUCUGGGGCCAGUGUCCACCUUCCGGCCACACUUAGAGCACUUACCACUGCCCUGGAAUCUGCGUGUGCUUUGUUCCUCCCAGGAGAAAGCCCCCGAGAACAUGGAGACGGUCUGUUCCUGGAAGCGCCCAGACCUCUGCGAGCAACUCGCUGAGGCAGGCUGAAAUCAGGGAAAGCUCGGGACUCGGGAACUCUUACACCUCAAAUUAACCAUGCCC